ACCAAAGAAGCAAGUAUGGCUUUGUGUUCUCAAAUACUUGUUCAUUUUGCCUCAUUACUCAUCCUCCUCUCUCUUCAGCUACACAACCUUUUCAUUGGUGUAUCAUCAGCCACUUUAAGCAUAACCACAGACACUGAAGCAUUGAUCUCAUUCAAGUCUCAACUCAGUAAUGACACUCUCAACACCUUAUCUUCUUGGAACCAUAACUCUUCCCCUUGCAAUUGGACUGGUGUCCUGUGUGACAGGCUUGGCCAAAGAGUAACAGACCUGGACCUUUCAGGCUUGGGCCUCUCAGGCCACCUAAGCCCUUAUAUUGGCAACCUCUCCUCUCUUCAAACACUUCAGUUGCAGAAUAACCAACUCACUGGAGUGAUUCCUGACCAAAUUGGCAACCUAUUAAGCCUGAGAGUUCUAAACUUGAGCUCUAACAUGUUUGAAGGAAAGCUUCCUUCAAACAUCUCCCACUUGAUUGACCUCCAGCUUCUUGAUUUAUCAUCAAACAGGAUUCUCAGCAUGAUUCCUGAUGACAUCAGCUCCUUGAAAAAGCUUGAGGUUUUGAAACUGGGAAGGAAUAGUCUCUAUGGUGCAAUUCCUGCAUCUUUAGGAAACAUUUCUUCUCUCAAAAAUAUCAGCUUUGGCACCAACUCUCUCACUGGCUGGAUCCCCAGUGACUUGGGUAGGCUCCAUGAUUUGAUUGAGCUUGAUCUCACUCUCAAUAAUCUCAAUGGGACUGUUCCACCUUCUAUAUAUAACUUAUCUUCUCUUGUUAACUUUGCCUUAGCUUCAAACUCUUUUUGGGGUGAGAUUCCUCAGGACGUUGGUCACAAACUUCCAAAACUCCUGGUGUUCAAUUUCUGCUUCAAUAAAUUCACAGGUAGAAUUCCAGGGUCAUUGCACAACCUCACCAACAUUCGGGUCAUUCGUAUGGCAUCCAACCAUUUGGAAGGAACAGUGCCACCUGGUUUGGGAAAUCUCCCAUUUCUUCGCAUGUAUAAUAUUGGCUAUAACAGGAUAGUGAGUUCAGGUGUGAGAGGUCUAGACUUCAUUACUUCUUUGACCAACAGCACUAAACUGAACUUUCUGGCAAUUGAUGGUAAUAUGCUUGAAGGUGUGAUUCCUGAAACCAUUGGAAAUCUUUCUAAGGAUCUCUCAAAAUUGUACAUGGGAGAGAAUCGUUUCAAUGGGAGCAUACCAUCCUCCAUUGGUCGUCUUAGUGGCUUGAGUUUGUUAAACUUGAGCUACAAUUCAAUCUCUGGAGAAAUUCCACAGGAGUUAGGCCAGUUGGAGGAACUACAAGAGCUAUCUCUUGCUGGAAAUAAGAUAUCAGGAGGUAUUCCAAACAUACUUGGUAAUCUCCUGAAGUUAAACCAGAUUGAUUUGUCAAGAAACAACCUUGUGGGAACAAUACCUAUCAGUUUUGAAAAUUUGCAAAACCUACUCUACAUGGACCUAUCCAGCAACAAACUCAAUGGCAGCAUACCAAUGGAAAUCCUCAAUCUUCCAACUUUGAGCAAUGUUUUGAACUUGUCGAUGAACUUUUUGAGUGGGCCAAUACCUCAAGUUGGGAGAAUGAGUAGUGUUGCCACCAUUGACUUUUCUAGCAAUCAAUUGUAUGGUGGCAUCCCCAGCUCAAUCAGCAAUUGUCUCAGCUUAGAAAAAUUGUUUUUGGCAAGGAAUCAGCUCUCAGGUCCCAUUCCAAAGAGUCUUGGAGAUUUGAGAGGCUUGGAAACUUUGGACCUGUCCUCCAACCAACUCUCUGGAACCAUUCCUACUGAACUUCAAAAUCUACAGGUUCUUAAGCUCUUAAACCUAUCAUACAAUGAUCUAGAAGGAUCCAUUCCUAGUGGUGGAGUUUUCCAAAAUCUAUCUGCUGUCCAUUUAGAAGGCAAUAGAAAUCUCUGCUUGCAUUCCCCAUGCAAAACUCAUGGCCAAGGAACAAGAAAUGUAAGACUUUACGUUAUCAUAGCCAUUGUGGUAACAGUGAUACUAUGUCUCACAAUUGGCUUAAUACUAUAUAUAAGGAACAAAAAGGUGAAGGUAGCAGCAGCAGUAUCUGAACAGCUGAAACCUCAAGCACCAAUGAUCUCUUAUGAUGAGCUUCGUGUGGCGACCGAGGAGUUCAGCCAGGAAAACUUAAUAGGAGUUGGUAGCUUUGGCUCAGUUUAUAAAGGCCAUCUAAGUCAUGGAACUAAUGUUGCAGUGAAAGUUCUUGACACCCUAAGAACUGGCUCUUUAAAGAGUUUCUUUGCAGAAUGUGAGACCAUGAAGAACUCAAGGCAUAGAAAUCUGGUUAAGCUGAUCACAUCAUGCUCUAGUGCUGACUUUAAAAACAAUGAUUUUCUGGCUCUGGUGUAUGAGUACCUUUGUAAUGGUAGCUUGGAAGAUUGGAUCAAGGGGAGGAGGAAGCAUGCAAACGGCAAUGGGUUGAACCUUAUGGAGAGGCUGAACAUAGCUAUUGAUGUUGCUUGUGCAUUGGAUUACCUGCACAAUGAUAGUGAAAUCCCAGUUGUGCACUGUGAUUUGAAGCCUAGCAACAUUCUAUUGGGUGAGGACAUGACAGCAAAAGUUGGGGACUUUGGAUUAGCUAGGUUGCUAAUUCAAAGCUCAACUAAUCAAGUUUCCAUUAGCUCCACUCAUGUCCUUAGGGGCUCGAUCGGUUACAUACCUCCAGAAUAUGGAUGGGGAGAGAAAGCAUCUGCAGCUGGUGAUGUAUAUAGUUUUGGUAUAGUGUUACUAGAGCUCUUCUCUGGUAAAAGCCCAACAGAUGAGGGUUUCACAGGAGGUCUAAGCAUAAGAAAAUGGGUGCAAUCAGGAGUGAAAGACAAGACAGUGCAAGUGAUCGACCCUCAGUUGCUGUCCCUCAUUUUCCAUGAUUACCCUUCUGAGGAACCAAAUGUAGAAAUGUAUUGUGUGGAUGCAAUUGUAGGAGUUGCCAUAUCUUGCACUGAAGGCAAUCCAGAUGAACGCAUUGGCAUUAGAGAUGCAGUUCGUCAACUAAAAGCUGCCAGAGACUCUCUUCUGAAUCAGUCUCAGGAGAGUCCUAGGGAUACCAAGUCUUACUAAUUCCACGUUUCUUGGAAGUGAAAUGUGUUGAGACUAUGGUUCUUUGCAGCUAUGUUUGACAAAUAAUGCCAUAGUUCGGACAGUUGAGAUAUGAACAUGAAAUAAUAUACGAUGCUUUUGUUGACCAUAUAUGGAAUGAUCAAAUGUUUCACUUUUCUCUACGUCAAAGAAUCUCUCUAGUCGUGUACUAUAUACUUAACAAAUUCAGUCGCAUUUCUACCGCCAACCUUAAGUAGAUAUUUACAAUAGAUUACAUGUCAGUUGUGAAAUUUAUGUAUUAUGACCGUUAAGAAGAAUGGUGGAUAUUUUUUCCCGAACAGAGAAUGUUGAGAAUAUGAAUGAGUAUCUAUUAUCAGAUUA